AUGUUACAAAAGAUAAAAGAAGAAUUACUUUGUUCAAUUUGUCUGAAUGUGAUGAAAGAUGCCAGAAUGUGCCAUAAUCAACACAAUUUUUGUCGUGAAUGUAUUGAAGAACAUCUACGAGUUAAUGCACAAAGAUGUCCUCAAUGUCAAGAUGAUUUAACUUUGGCUACGCUUCAUCCAGCGCGUGUUAUAAAUAACGUGAUUUCAAAGUUAAAGAUCAACUGCGACUACGCCAGUCGUGGUUGUCCUGAAUUUAUAAAUGUCGAAUAUCUUGAAAGACAUGUUCAAAAUUGUGGCUUUGCUCCAGUGUUGUGUUCUAAUGAACGUUGUGGUCUGGAAAUAAACAAACGAGACAAGAUUAAACAUGAAACUGAAUUAUGUGAAUACAGAAAGAUUGCUUCUCACGACUUUCGAGAGAUUGGCGAAAUGUUUCAACGAAGUUUUGAAGAUAACUUAAGCCGGAAAAUAGAGGAAAAAUUUAUUGAAGUAAAAGAAUCAGUGAAACCAUUGACAGCUCAGUAUACAAAAAUACAGAAAGAAUUAAAAUAUGUUCAACAAAAUCUUUCUACAGUGACCAAAGAAAUGAUGGAAUCAAGGAAACAAAUAAAAAAUUAA